AUACGGGCACUGAAAUUCCUCAGCAGGAAAUAAUUGGACAUCCACCAUUUUGUUGUUUUCCAAAUUAACUUCCAUGUAAAAUAAACUGGAUUUUCUGUUUAUUUUAGAGUUUAGAGCUAAAAUAUAAGUUAAGUCCUUACUUUUAAGAGGAUCUUUGAGAAUGACACCUCUUAUAAAUGCAGCUAUGGCUUAGAAGCUGCAGAAAUCGUACAAAACGACAAUCAAGUCUUUGUUUUUGUUUGGAUUGUGAAAGGUCACAAAGAAAAGAACAGAUGAAUUAUAGAUUUUAAGACAAGUGAUUAAAUUGCCUGCUUUGGCCGUCGGCUGCAAUGGAGCUGUACAUUGAAACGCUCACAGGUGCUGCGUUUGAGCUCAGGGUUUCACCCUUUGAAACCAUCAUGUCGGUGAAAGCUAAAAUCCAACGUUUGGAAGGGAUCCCUAUAGCUCAGCAGCACCUGAUCUGGAAGUCAGAGGAGCUUGAGGAUGAGUAUUGCCUGCAUGACUACCACAUCCAUGAUGGCGCCACCCUCAAACUUGUGCUGGCCAUGCGUGGCGGUCCCAUCAACACUCGCAGAAUCCCAAUGGAGGAUCCUGCCCUGCGAGAGAUGGCAGAGUAUGUGGAGGCAAACCGUGAUGAGAUUCUCGAGAAAUUACCGGGAAACCGUCAGGUGACCCUGGUUGUGUUCCGUGAGGGCGAUCAACUCAGUUUCUUUCGCGUAGUUGAUCGUGGAGACGGGACACUUACACCUCUCUCAGAAUCUCUAAGUGGUGUUUCAAUGUACAACUUCAAUGAUGAGGAGGAAGAGGAGGAUGCCCCAACCAAGGAAAAGGUGGAGGAGAAUGAACAACUCAAAGAAAAAAUGAAACAAAUCAGGCUCAAAAUGGAUAAACUAAACAUAAGCAAAAAGCCGCACAGAAAGCCGCAUCCUCCUACUUCUGGUCGAGCAAGCAAUAGAACAUCGCGUCUCCGACACCUUCCGGCCAGCACCAGUUACAGCCUCAGUCCCAGCGCCACCCUGAACCGUAACCUAUGUCUUCCUCCAGUCGGUCACUCCAUAGGUCACGUGGGUCACUCUUCUCUUGCUCUGCGACACUCACUUGUCAAGGAACGCAUGGAGAGGAUAGACCACCAAGAAGAAAAGGAAAAAGCAUCUGCAGCCUUUGAGUCUUCACUGCAGGCAGUUGCCGGAGCGUCCAAGCUGGCCUCGGACUCCGAUGAUUCAGACAGCCCUAGUUAUGAGGAGCUGUCCAGCGCUGCUGCCCAGCAACUCGACAGUCUGGAGAGGCUGAGUAAGGUCCUGUCAAGAGUUAUGGAUGGAAACAGCUCCAAGCAAGACAGUAAGGAUGAUUUUGAAGAAAUUCAAGACAUAUCUCAAGAUAUUAAUACUGACAGUAGCAGUGCAUCUCCUCUAGAUAAACCUAUAGCAGAUUAUAAUGGACUUAAAGAACCAGGCGAAAAUAUUGUAGGUAAAUCUGAGAGCAGUGACUGUGAUAAAAUAGCAAGCUGCGCUCCAGCCAGUGUUAAACAGGAACUGCUGGACAUGGGGAAGUUGGCCAAUGAGGCCACACCAGGGCCAUCAAGACCAGUUACCUCUGUUAAAAAAGAAUCCUCUCACAAUUUCAAUGAUACAAUGCGAGUAACGCAUUCCUCAAGGGCAAAAUCUAAGGUUAAGGACUAUUCUUUGUUUGACAGUCUGAGAGACACUCUUGGCGCUAGUUCCUCCAUGUCUCGACAUAGUUCACUAGAUAAGCGUAAGGAGUUUACACUAGAGAGUUUAACAACAAGUGAGGCAAGGGCAAUGUCUGGAUUGUUGCGUCAGGCUUCCUUGGAAAAAGUUGGAUCCUCACGUAUUGGAAAUGUGACUGUAACAAGUGCUAGUAGAAACCGUGUAACAGGAAAUUACAUGCUGGGAAAUUCUACAUUCAAUGAAGGUCGCAUUACCACUCCAGAUGGAAGGCUGCUGUCUGCAAGGCUGCAGAGGAUGACUGCUAGUCGAGAUGGGCGAAUCCUUUCCCCUACUCACCGUUUGCCUCCUGUCAAGGCAAAGAAAAAGGCGUCAAAGAGGUGCUUCGUCUGUGCUAAGAAAACUGGUUUAGCCUGCAGCUAUACCUGCAGGUGUGGUAACAACUUCUGUGCCAGUCAUCGCUAUGCAGAGUCCCAUGACUGUACAUUUGACUACAAAACGGAGGGCCGUAAGCUCCUAGAGCAGGCCAACCCCGUCGUCAGUGCUCCCAAGCUACCCAAAAUAUGAUCCCACCAACACAACUGUUGUGAUAUAUUCCUAAAAAGACUUCUCUUACUGUUCACGUUGUUAAAUUUUGUUGUUGCUGUUGUUAUUGAAAUACAUUUUUCUCUAUUUCCUUAUCAUGUUGACAUUAGCAGUUACCAAUAGGAUUGAAUUUAUUCACGUUUUACUGCAUAAUUUGUUAAUUAAAUCAAAAUUUAUUGUUAAAAAAGUGAAAAAUAUUCCUUAAUGUGUGUUGUUUUUAUUUCGUUACUGCCAGUGACUUUGCACUUGUUUUUCCAUUUAUUUUCUAAUUGUUAUUAUAAGUAUAAAUAAUACAGUGUUCUUUUGAAAUUGCUAGUUAAAACUCUAAUAAUGGUGGUUAUUCACCAUACAUGUAACUAACUUUGUUGAUUUCUUGUCUCUACUAACUUGGCAUUUAAAAAAAUGUUGACAAUCUGCAAGCAAUUAAAGGUGCACAUAUGUUGUACUUGAGGGUAAUAAUUAUUGCAAGGCUUUUUAACUUUCUGUUACUGUUCAAAAGAAUGUAUAAAUUGAUUUCUUGAUAUAUCAGAUUUUAAACUUAAGGUCAUAUGUUAAUAUAAUAAGCACAAUGCCUUUUGGGAUAGUUGAGUGUUGUGUUUCAAUAACUCGGAUUGAAAUUUAGGCAAUUUGUACCAAUUUAUAUGUAUUUAAUAUGAAAUGUAUCAAGUAUACUGCAGUCAUUCAAGGUUAUUAACUUGUGAUAAUCCCAAUUUAUAGAGUAGUCUACGAUUGUUAAGAUGUGCUUGUUCAUUUUAUCUUUUACUUACAGUUAACAAUUUUCAUUCCAUAUCAGCUUUUAAGUAAGUUUAAAACCUUUCAAUGUACACCAUGUAUUAAAUAGAGUUUAUAUUAAUAAUUACCGUUUAAAACUAUUUUCAGUAUUUAAUUAAACUUAACUAUAAUUGAUUAAAUGUUUAAACCAGUUAUAAAUAUCAUUAGUUGCAAUCAUGUUAAUUAGUAUUUUUACAUUUUAUCUUCGUGUUUAGUGCUUAGCUGUGAUAUAGAUUGAUUUGUCAGGGGGGUAUGUAGCUAAUGCCCAGUGCUGGUCAGUGUCGGUCAUCCGAUCUCAGGUCCAGCCAUCAAAACUGACCAGUGGCUGGACAUUGCCUUCUUCUACACGGCUCACAGAAACUAGAAAUGAUCACUGAUUGUAAUUCAAUGUGCACAAGUUUCUUUGAUGUCCUUGUACCUAGUUAAUUUAGUUGUUGUAUUUUGUGACACAGGAAAUUGUAAACAGAAUAUUUGUUUUCUUGCUUGUCAGUUUUUGUCACAAAUGCUAUCAGAACAUUAUAUGGUGCUUUGAAAUGUGAGUAGUGUUGAUGAAAGUCAGAAAUAUUAAAUGAAUCAUGAUAUUGUUGGAAUAAGUUGUAUACUAAGGAAUUGCCAUUUGACCUGAAAGUAUUGUAGUGUACAGUACUACACAACAGAUAAUCAAGUUCAAUAUAUGGUUCAAUUAGUAAAAUACAACAUAGGUUUCACAAUGUACAAUCUAAAUCAUUGUCCAGUUUCAGUAGGCUGUGUAGAGCCAUGUACUAUAGUGAAGACAUACUGUCUGCUUGUUAUGUAGAACGAACUGCAGUGAUAUAUUAUAUCAUGCACAAUGUUAUUGAGUGUGACAUAAAUGAUAAUAAAAAUAAAUAAAAAAUAUCAAAAUAAA